AUGGGCGUCACCUCGGAGAACUUCACAGUCAAAAUAUCAGUGAUCUCACGAAAAGAGCCACCGAUUCCUCCAAAUCAAUCAUGGCUGAAAAUAUCAAGCGCUACAAAAGUGGACUUCGCAUCCUUACCCGAACACGAAAGUACAGUAUCGGGGUACGGUACGGAAAAGCGAUACGACGCAAGAGAAAGACAAAAGAGAUGGCACGGGUACAUACGUGAGAUAGAGAGUGCUUUGACCAGUGCGACCGAGCAACAGAUAAGCACAUCAGCUGAGGGAACAAAUACGUCCACAUUUGAAUCUCCAGUCCCUAGCAGAACAGUCGAAGAGGAUAAGCAAGCCACGAAGCAAAUUCUCGGCGAAAUUGUCAACAAGUUUGGUAAAGAAUGGACUCUAUCCGAGACUCAAGCUUUAUCUGCCAGUUCCAGUGAAACUGUCUGGUGUUCAACUGGCAGACAUUGA